UCGUACCAAAAGGUGUAGCCGCAGUUAAACUUGCUGGUAGUUCGUUACUUUUAGUAAUAAUAAUUAAGUAUAGUUAUUAAUAUAGUUUGUAUUUGGCUCGGAUUGCUAAGACAGUGCUUAUCUGCUGGCAACAAUUUUUUACAACAGUUAGUACUAAAACAGAAAUACGUUCAUCAUCAAGACCGUGCACGGAAGAAAAUAAAUAAAUUAGUAUUGAGUUCAAUUAUCAACAUGGGAAAAGAACAAUAUUUUAUAAUCACAACCCUUAUAGUCGGAAUUGUAACUGCACUUCCUAAAGACCAUAUUGUGUUUAUGGAUAAAUCUAACAUACCGAGCAAGACAUUUGUUGAAGAAUCAAGUUUUGCAUCUAAAUUGCCAUCACAAGCUACGUGUGGUAAAAGAAAGGCACCAAGCUUUCGAAUAAUGGGAGGAAGUGACUCUGAAUUAGGUGCUUGGCCUUGGAUGGUAGCUCUCGGAUACAAAGAUGUAAAUAAUAUCAAUAGUUCUAUCGAAUGGCUAUGUAGUGGUACAUUAAUUUCUAACACACAUGUCUUAACUGGCUCUACGUGCUUCAAGAACCCUGAGAGUAUGAAAUUGACAGUUGCACGCUUAGGGGAAUUGAAUUUGGAUCCCACAAUUGAUGAUGGGGCAACCCCAUUAGAUGUUCCAAUCGAACGUGUUAUACAACAUGAAGAAUAUAACACACCACGUUUUGCCAACGACAUUGGAUUAAUAGUAUUGAAAAAUAAAGUUAAUUUUAACACAUUUAUCCAACCAAUAUGUUUGCCACUAUCGCCAGAUAUGAAAAAUAUCGAUAUGGGAGAUAGCUUGCCGUUCGUUGCCGGAUGGGGAACUACUGAAUCGAGUGGCCCAAGGUCUUCAUCUUUAAAAGAGAUUCAAAUCCCAAUUACAAACAUGACGGAGUGUAAAAAGUUAUAUGAAAGCCUAAAGUUUUCAAUCGAUGACAGAGUAAUAUGCGCUGGAGAAAAAGGAAAAGACACAUGUCAGGGUGAUUCCGGAGGUCCAUUAAUGUGGUUGAAAGAAAAACAAUUUUAUUUGAUGGGUAUUGUUUCUUUUGGUAAAAAAUGUGGAGUUUCCCCGGCCGUGUAUACCAAUGUGGCUUCAUACACUGAUUGGAUUUUAAAGAAUAUAUAAAUUUUAAUGUGAACAAUUCAUACGCUGUAAAAUUUUCCAAAUAUUAUAUUAGUGUACUAACUGUAGAGGUAUAUACAUAUAUAACUAAAUGAUUUAUUCACUUAAUUAAUUCAUAUAAAUUAAUUGUGCAAUACUUUUCUCGAAUGUUAUUCUUAUCUCAUUACUGUUAUUAAACUAUAAUAUAAUAUUUUUUCAGAGAACAACAUUUUUAAAUAUAUUAUUGAUAUUUGAUUGAUUGAGGUAUAUUUUAUGAUUAAUGAAUAUAUUCAUAUUUUGUUUCUA